GGCCCGGUCCCUCCACGGCCCGGUCCCCACCCACCCAUUCCCACCGAACCCUCUCCACCGCGAGGUAUCUCCCCACCGCGGCCCCUCUGUCUCCACAUCGCCACCGCCCAACCCACUUAUUCCAACCGACCCCGAGACUCCUCAACCCCCCCUCGGCCCAUUCCCUCACCGCGGCCCGGUCCCCCCGGCCUGACGAUGGGCCAGGACCAGACCAAGCAACAGAUCGAGAAGGGCCUUCGCCUCUACCGCUCCAACGAGACGACCAAGGCGCUGCUGACAUGGAACCAGGUGCUGCUGAAGAGCAGGGAGGCUCCAGGCCGGUUCCGGGCGCUGGGCUGCCUGAUCACAGCGCACUCGGAGAUGGGCCAGUACCAGGACAUGAUGCGACUGGCCCUGGGACAGACCGAAGUGGCGCGGCAGAUGGGCGACCCCGACGCCCUGACCGAGUCCUACCUCAACCUGGCCCGCAGCAACGAGAAGCUGUGCCAGUUCGCCAAGACCAUCGCCUACUGCAAGACGUGCCUGGGCACCCAGGGCGGCUCGGUGGGGCUGCGGCUCAACGGGCAGGUAUGCCUCAGCAUGGGCAACGCCUACCUGGGCCUCAGCGCCUUCCAGAAGGCCCUGGAGUGCUUCGAGAAGGCGCUGCGCUACGCCCACAGCAACGACGACAAGAUGCUCGAGUGCCGAGUGUGCUGCAGCCUGGGCGGCUUCUACAUACAGCUGAAGGACUACGAGAAGGCGCUCUUCUUCCCCUGCAAGGCGGCCGAGCUGGUCACCGACUACGGCAAGGGCUGGAGCCUCAAGUACAAGGCCAUGAGCCAGUAUCACAUGGCGACGGCCUACCGCAAACUCUGCCGCUUGAACGAUGCCAUGGACUGUUGCGAGGAGUCGAUGAAGAUCGCCCUGCAGCACCGAGACCGCCCCCUGCAGGCCCUCUGCCUGAUGUGCUUUGCGGACAUCCAUCGUCAGAGCUCCAAAGUCGAGAGAGCAAUUCCGCGAUACGACUCUUCACUGAACAUCAUGACGGAUAUCGGCAACCGUCUGGGUCAGGCCCAGGUGUUGCUGGGCAUUGCCAAAUGUUGGCUGCUAGAGAAGGAGGCAGACAAGAGUUUACAGGCCGUGCGUAAAGCAGAGGAAGUGGCAGAAGAAGUGGGAAAUAAGCUGCUCCUGCUAAAGGCACACUGCUUGUGCGAGGCCAUUUAUCGAGCCAAGGGUUCCCUUCAACUUCUCCGAGACCAUGUUGUCAAGUUCCACGAGUGUAUGGAGGAUAUGGAGUUGUAUUGUGGGUUGUGCGGCGAGUCGAUCGGCGACAAGAACUCCCAGCUCCAGGCGCUGCCGUGUUCCCACCUCUUUCAUCUAAAAUGUUUGCAAUCCAAUGGAACCAGGGGUUGCCCAAACUGCAGGCGGUCAUCUGUGAAGCCAGGUUACGUGUGACAAGAGAGUCCCACUCGCGCCAGAACACGUGAAGACGAACCUUUGUUUUGGCAUCAGCCACGAGUCGUGGUUUCAGAGUGUAGAAGGCAGCAAAACGUCCGGGGAAGAUAUCUCCUGAUCUUAUCUCACCGGAGUCAGAAGUUACCUCACCCCCGGUGAGACCUCGGCCACAGACGGCAUUAGGGUUGGACCAGACGUUGGAAAUCAAAAAAAUGGCCUUAGUUUGUGGGUCUUUUGGAGAAUGAUGAAAACUCCUUGGGGCAUCUGGUGCCAGGCGGUGGUGCGUGUGAGACUGAUGCCUUGGUGUGGUUUAUUGGGUCACUGUCUGAGCAUCUCCCUGGUUUCUGCUCUCUCUGCUGCUGGAGAUGCCAGUACUGCAAUCUGAAGGACGUGUGUUUUUUUUAAUUAUUGUCAAGUGUACCGACGUACAGUGAAAAGUUGUAAUUUGCAUGCUAUACAAACAGAUCAGAUAAAUGAUACAUACAUGCAAAUCAAUUCACACACGAGUACAAUAGACCAAAGGGAAGGUACAGAAUGCAAAAUAUGUCUCCUUUUUAGAUUAACAUUUCAUAGCAUUCAGCAUGAACAGGGAGCACCCCUUGUCUGAUAUUUGUUGAAACAUUUCCUUUCUUGUGCCCAAAAUGAAAUGCUGGAGGAACUGGAGCAGUAUCAGAGAAAAGGCACUGAGGCAGGUCCCGACUGUCGUUUCCCCCCCACGCGGUUCCUCUAGAAGGUUGUUUUAGGCUCCAGAUUCCAGCAUCUGCAGUGUCUGGAGUCACCUCCUCAGUGAGGGUGGGUUGUGUGUGAAGGGGGCAAGGGACAUGGGAUUUUGGAUGGGAUGGAGAGGCAGAGUGCCUGCAAUCUCCACUUUAUCCCCAACUGCACCCCAGCCACAACCUCGCCAUGUCCUGUCCCUGUGAAUCCUGGCACUGUCUUCAUCAGCAACCAUGUCUUAGUCCAACAUCUCAUCCUGAAGGCUGCCCCAACAGACCUGACACCAGCUCAUCCUCCCAACCCCACCCCACCCUGGCAACGUUUCAUCCAUUGUACGUCGACCAUCAACAGCAUUCCACACCUGACCGCAUCAUUCUUCCGCCCCAAACUUUGACGUGGACCUCCCUUAAAGGCUGUGACCCCACUUCAUCCCUGACCUCUGCUGUUCCCCGACAGUCCCAGCCCUGACCGCCAGAGUUGCAGCCACAAUUGGCUGAUUCAAACCUUCCUUGCUCCCUCCCCCAUAGCCCAACCACAGACGAAACCCACCCUCACGGCCCAACUCCAGAACCAAGCCCCCCCCCCCCCC